AUGCCGUUCAUCUAUUCCCUCCGGAAUCUGUUCUGUUUUCCUGCUGGUUGCUUGGGCACGGGUGAAGACUGGGAAGCAGAGCCCUAUGCCCCCAGGCCUCGUGUUCCCAGGCAGGACCUGACCACCCGGGCGCCUGUUCAGAGCGUCCUGGAUGCGGCUUCUCGUAGAAACCACACAUCAGACUUACUCCCCUCCUGCGGCUUCUCCUUCGAACAGGACCCCACCCUCAGAGACCCACUGGCCAUGGCGCGGCGGUGGCCAUGGAUGGUCAGCGUGCGGGCCAACGGCACUCAUAUCUGUGCGGGUACCCUCAUUGCCUCCCAGUGGGUGCUGGUUGUGGCCCACUGCCUGGUCCAGCGUAAUGUUGCCUACUCUGUGCUGGUGGGGAGCUCGGUGAUGGACGAGCCAUUGCAGCAUGCCCACAAUGUCCCAGUCAGCCAGGUCAUUGUGAACAGAGGAUUCCGGUCCCGGAGGUACUGGUCGUGGGUUGGCCGUGCCCACAACAUCGGUCUCCUCAAGCUGCAGUCAGCACUCAAGUACAACAAGUAUGUCUGGCCCAUCUGCCUGCCUGGCUUGGACUUUGAGGUGAAGGAUCGUUCCCUUUGUACUGUGACAGGCUGGGGACUCCCGAGGACGAAUGGCAUAUGGCCCCAGUUCCGGUCCAUUCAGGAGAAGGAAGUCACCAUUCUGAACAACAAGGAAUGUGAUGCGUUGUACCACCGGUUCUCCCAAAUCCCCACUAUUGUUCGGAUUGUCAACUCUCAAAUGCUAUGUGCAGAGGACACCAAGAGGGACAGUUUCUGCUAUGAGAAGAGUGGUGAGCCCUUAAGCUGCCCUGUGGAGAGCACGUGGUACCUGGUGGGAAUGGUGAGCUGGGGCCCAGGCUGCAACAAGGGUGAUGCCCCACCCAUCUACCUGCAAGUUUCUGCCUACCAGCAGUGGAUCUGGGACCGUCUCAAUGGGCAGCCCUUGGCCCUUCCUGUCCCGUCCAGGGCCCUGCUCCUGGCACUCCCGCUGCCCCUCAGCCUCCUGGCUGCUCUCUGA